AUGGUCGAUGAAAUCGAAUCGGACGUUAUCUAUGGUCCGUUGGAUGAAAGCGAAGAUGCAGUCGCCGCUGCUAAUGAACUCGCAGAGAAGAACGAUGAUCCAGCGAUGGAGAUGCAAGAGAAUGUCAAUGUCAAUCUAAUCGACGAAUGUUACAACUGUUUUAAUGACGGUGUGACGAAGAUAGAUUUCAUUCUUGUUUAUGAAGAUAGACGUGCGACAACUGUAGACGAAUUGAUGCUGUCUUUACCACCCACCGUGGCUAGUGAAGAAAGUGAUCGAAUAGCAUUGGCGAUACAGAAGCAAAAGGAUAGACAUAAGUUGUUCAAGAAAAGAUUUCUGGGUAAUCUGUCGAAAAUGGGUCUGCUCAUGGAAACUGAUGUGCGUGAAAGUGAUCGAAGUCUGGUGUAUUUUAUUAAAAUCCAUAUUCCAUGGUCAUUGAUGUUAAAAUAUGCGGAAGAUUUGAAUUUUCGUGUACCGAUUCGAGCUGUCAAUAAUUAUAGUACAAAGAUAACAUUCGUCGAUCGUUUACUCCGUUUCCUGCAUCUCUCGCACAAUCCGUUCCUUUCCGAAGCACCGAAACGUUACUACGAUCUGUUCACAUCCGUUUUCGAGUACGCGAAAAAGGAUAGUUUCAUGUGCGACAAUCACUUUCCUGUUCAUUUCACCAAUACUCAACGAAGUUUUGCUGUGAAUGAAAUCUUGCAAACAACGCCGUUUGGUCGAAUUGAGAAAGGCGAAAUCGGAAUCGAUCGUUUAGUACGUGAACGUGUCUUUCAAGCAGCAUAUCCAUUGCACGAAGGUGAUUAUAAAUUUGAUAAAACUGAAAAACAAAUGCCAUUCCAUGAAAAUAAUCCACGACGCGUUUUAUACGAUACAUGGGCACAGUACCGAGUGUUCUACAAAUAUCAACCAUUGGACUUAAUUCGAGAGUAUUUUGGAGAGAAAGUUAGCCUUUACUUCGCUUGGCUUGGACUGUAUACUACUUGGCUUAUAUCAGCAUCGUUAGUUGGUGUGCUAGUGUUUAUGUUUGGAUUUAUUUAUCUAUCGAAUAAUUUGCCUGUGCAAGAUAUUUGUACGAUUGGAAAAGGCAUUCGUAUGUGUCCACUUUGUGAUCAGUGUCCGUAUUGGAAUCUAUCAGAUACUUGUUCAAGUGCGCGACUCGGCGUGUUCUUCGAUCAUCCUGGAACUGUUUUCUAUGCCAUAUUCAUGUCUUUUUGGGCAGUCACAUUUCUCAAACAUUGGAAGCAGAAAAACGCUCAAAUCACCCAUCGAUGGGAUCUAAUGGAGUUUGAUGAAGAAGAAAAUCGGCCGCGUCCUGAAUUUGCAAUACGCACAUCGCGAGUGGAAAAAAAUCCUGUUACCGGACUACUUGAACCUUAUUUUCCGCCCCGUGUUCGUAUCUAUCGUAUUAUUGCUGGGAUCGUCACCCUGAGUGUCAUGAUUUGCAUCGUAAUUAUAUUCAUCAUCGCAAUAAUUGUCUAUCGAAUCAUCAUCAGUAUCCCAUUGCUUCGAAAUCGUGAUUUGCAAGUCUAUGCACUCAGUGUCGCUUCGUUGAGUGGAGCUGUGAUCAACUUAAUAGUAAUCAUGAUCUUAGGUUAUUUGUAUCAAAUAAUCGCGUAUAAAUUAACACAAUGGGAAAUGCAUCGAACACAAACAGAUUUCGAUAAUCAUUAUACAAUCAAAGUGUUUAUUUUUCAAUUUACUAAUAUUUAUUCGUCUAUUUUUUACAUUGCUUUUAUCAAAGGAAAAGCUGUGGGUUAUCCUGGCAAAUACAUAAAGAUUUUCGAUUUACGGCAAGAAGAAUGCGGUCAAGGUGGAUGUCUAGUGGAAUUAGCUGUUCAGCUCGGAAUUAUCAUGAUCGGUAAACAAACCGCUACCAAUCUGCAGGAAAUCAUGUGGCCAAAGAUUCUUGCGCUGUAUCAACGUUGGCAAUUGUCGAUACCAAAAACUCGCUGUACUACUCGAUGGGAAGAUGAUUUUAAACGUAGUGAAUUUGGCGGUUUAUUUGAAGAAUAUCUUGAAAUUGUUUUGCAAUUCGGAUUUAUUACAAUCUUCGUUGCUGCUUUUCCAAUCGCUCCAUUAUUCGCACUACUAAAUAAUUGGGUGGAGAUUCGUUUAGAUGCAAAGAAACUCGUUUGCGAAACAAGGCGUCCGAUUGCUUUUCGCGCAUCGACAAUUGGCAUAUGGUUUUCGAUUCUUGAAGUUCUUGCUUAUUUAGCCAUUAUCGCCAAUGCAUUUCUCAUUGCAUUCACAUCGGAGUUCUUACCUAAGAUUCUCUAUCGAUAUACAGUUGAUUGGGAGUUAAAAAACUAUACAAGAUUUACCUUGUCGGAAGCACCGCCGAACACUACGGAUAAAAGUUGCAUGUAUCGAGACUUUCGCGAUCCAACGGGUACUCUAACACCUUUCUUUUGGAAAUUACUUGCUCUACGAUUAUUUUUCGUGAUUUUGUUUGAGCAUGUGGUUUUUGUUCUAUGUCGAUUGACUGAUGCCGUGAUCAAUGAUAUUCCCGACGCACUGGCAAUAAAAAUUCGACGGGAGAAAUAUUUAGCUAAACGCGCUUUGCAAAACUCGACCAAUUAUAAUCGAAUCUUCGAGGAGCCUGAAACUGACCAUAUAUCUCGAUCAAAACUGACUCGAUUUUUUCGCACAACUAAAUCAAAAACACCUUCUGUUUCGAGCUAG